UGGACAGCGGGACCCGGUGGGCGGCGGUCUGGCCGCCGAGGUGCGAAGGGAGGAGCCCGAGUCGCCGCCGCCGCCGCCGCCGGAGAGGACCAUGUCUGCGAGUCGAGCCAAGAAAGUGAAGAUGGCCACCAAAUCGUGCCCAGAGUGCGACCUCCAGGUUCCUGUUGCAUGUAAAUCUUGUCCCUGUGGUUAUGUAUUUAUUAAUAGGAAUCUCCUAAAAGUAAAACAGUCAGAUAAGUCAUCACCUUUUACAGAAGUGAGCCAUACCAUGUCUUUGAAAGAUUUGCGAAUACUUUUCUUAUAUGAGUUUAAACUGGGACACAGUGCAGCCACGGCCAGCAGAAACAUCAUCUCUGUCUUCGGAGAAGGCUCUGUGAACGAAAGGACCAUCCGGUGGUGGUUUGAGAAGUUCCGUUCCGGGCAUCUGAGUCUGAAAAAUGAGCCUCGCGGGAGACCCAGGUCAGUCCUAAAUGAAGACGAGCUGCGAGCCAUGGUGGAAGCGAACCCCAAGAGCGCCAUCCGGGGCCUCGCCGCAGACCUAGGCGUUUCUGCUACAACCAUUUCUCGACACCUGGCUGCAAUGGGAAAGGUGAAAAAGUUGGACAAGUGGGUGACAGCAGCUGAUGGGUGAUCAUGAACAGGUGGUUGGAGAGACGCUCAUCCCUUAAGAUCUGGAAGAGCAGAGAUCUUAUGAGAGCGUCCUGAGUGUGACAGAAAUGAAAUCGAAAGGGAUCUGGACAAUGGCUGGAUGUUGAUGAAGUUCCCCAACGAGUUAAAACCAUUGUUUAACCAAAAGAGGAUCUGGUAACUGUGGGUGGUGUGCACACAGGGUGUUUCAACACUGCGUGUUCACCCGAACUGCUUUCCCUGUGUUAAGCUAGCUCUCAUUGCCCAGCAGUGGAACUCACGGACCCCGUCACUCUACAGCACUCUGCGCUGGUCCGCAGACGUGGACCUGUCCUGCCCAGGACAACAGUUGACCACGGACGUCACAGACCGCCGUGGGGAGGUAACUGAAUCAGGCAAAGGAAUUUAGCGCGUCCAUCAGACUCACCUGGCCUUUUAAAACAGAUUCCCACCUCCUUUGUCAUUUGUAACUAAGACACAGAACAUUCUCCGGUUGAGAAGCAGGAAUUGAAGGAAGUGAAUGUCUUUUAACAAGACUGGAUUUUAUAAAUGUAGUAUCUAUCAUUUGAUAUUGGGGGAAGUUUAUCACUUGGAGAAAGCAGCUCAUACUAUUAGUGCAUAUUUUGGUUGAAUGAAGCUGUUGUUUUUCUCAAAAAAUACAACAUUUUCAUUUUGACCUGCAAAAGGCAAUUGCAUGUGGCUCACCCUGAUCAUUUCCUAGAUCCCGGCAGAGCCCGGAGACAGAAAGGCACUCAGGAGCCAAAGCUACAGCUGCUCCUGAGGACCCCAUCUUCUUCCCGGGAGGGAUGUGGCGCAACCCAGGGAGCGCACAUGCUCGCACGUGUGUGUGUGUGUGGGGGGGGGGUGUGUGUGCGUGUGCGUGUGUGUGUGUGUGUGGGGGUGUGUGUGUGUGUGGUGUGCGUGUGUGUGGUGUGUGUGUGUGAAAGAUGCUUAGGAGUCGGCCGAGCAGAGACCCCGGUGAAGAGUGCUUCAGCCUCCUUCCCUUCCUUUGACCGCACUGCUUUGCUCCUGGUGUGCUUUCUGUCUGAAUGUUUGCUGUUCCUCUUCACCUUAUUAACUCUACCCAUCAUGCACUUUUCCUCCAGGAAGUCUUCCCUGGUCGCCCCACCCCCGCCCCAGGUCAGGUCCCUUUGAGGCCUAAGAAUCCCAGUAUUGUUCCUGCAUAAUGUGAUCAUGGUCAUAAUAUAUUUAUUUGUGUGAUAA